AUGAUUCCAACUAGAAUUUUAUUAAAUGCUGCCAAAGCUAACAAGAAAACUCCAAAAGUUUCACUCCCAGUAGAAAUGUACCCAUUAUUUGCUGCUGUCGGUGUUGCUGUCGCUUCCGGUUGUUUUUUCACUUACAGACAUUUUGCUCAUGAUAAACAUUUAAGAUUAUGGAAAAACCCAGAUUUAUCAUCAUUAGAAGAAGUUCUUGAAUCUGAAUCUAAAAAAUAA